GCAGUCGGCGCAAUACCAUACUUUUUGUUUUUGGGGAUGAAACAGUAAAAAAGUUACUGUUGUAGCUGUUUUUCCACCGUUGAGGACAAUUGACAAAUUUUUCAUUAAGCCGAAGCUUGAAAAGGUCCAAGUCCAAGAUGGAGGAAUCCAAUAGAAGUAUGGCUGGUUGUGAAAACGUAUCACAAUUCAUGUUGGAUGACCUACAAUUAGCUGCCGAACUUGGAAAAACCCUUUUAGAACGCAAUAAGGAACUGGAAACGUUUAUUAAGGAGUACAAAAUUAAGGGGGAUGAACAGGAACUUGAGAUUUUGCACCUUCGUAAGCAUAUUAAUGCCAUGACCGAGGUGAAUGAUUCACGGCUUAAGGUUUACGAGCAAUUGGAAGUCGGUAUUCAGGACCUCGAACGUGCCAAUCAGCGGCUUAAUUUGGAGAAAAAUCGGGAUAAGAAGCAAAUUAAGUCGCUGACCACCAAUACGGAAGUUUUAGAAGCCCGCUGUGAGGAACUGAAUCAACUUUUAAGCGAUGCCCGGCAGUCUUUGAGCACCGAACGGCGAAAGGUCGAUCAAUAUCAGCAGGAACGUUAUCGUAUGCAACAUUCGGCCGAGGGUUCUAUUUCCAGUCACAGCAUUCAGUCGUUAUGUAAGGAUCAAAAUCUGGAAAUUUCAAAACUGGAUGCAAUGGCAAUAGCAAACUCAACGGGCCUGGAUGAAAUCUCUUUUAGUAAUGCCACCAUGUGUGAGAAGACUGUCGCUAAAGGUGAAGACAAUGAGGAAUUGGUAAAGCUACUCAGCGAAAUGGAGAUUUUAAAACGUGAUUUCUUGGGAGAACAGCAACGUUGCACUGAGCUGGAGGAGCAGUUAGUGACCAUAAUCCAAGAUAACCAGAGUCUCCAAGGUCGCCUACUCGAAAAUAGUGCUAAUGAGGGAACCAUGUCAAUGCAUGAGGAGUUUAGCCUUCUGGAUGACGUAAGACAAGGUCAAAUGUGCAGUCGUUGCCUGAGGGAUAUUAAUGAAAGUAAUACCAAUUUGGAUGAUCAAUCAUCCAUUGCUCCAACCGAAGAAAUCUACGAAGACGACGACCGAAGCAUACUAAGUGAAGCCACCUCGAAAUGCGAUAACAGUGCUGCGGAUUAUAAGGAACGUUUUCGAAUUCCCGAAGAUCUUAAUCUUAACGUUAGCGACAAACCAAAUCCUUAUCGUGACCUAGUCGAAAAGUAUGAAGCUUUAGUGGAAGUAAAGCGAACCUCAAAUGCGGCCAAAAGCAAUUUUACCAGCAAUUCUGAUGGCAAAACUAUAACUGAUUUAAGUCAAAGCAAAAAACCAGAUACAAUUGUUAAUAGCUCAAAGGAAUCCGACCUUAUGUUGGACUCAACACGUAAGCGCACUCCAACCGAAUUUUCUGAAUCUGAAACUACAUCGUCGGGAUUCUCGGAUGAAACUAGCAACAAAUGUACACAAACUGACGAGCGACCUAGCUUCUUCCUUUGCUCAAUUAGUAAUGGAAACGAUUGUAAAUUCAGUAUUUAUGACGAUGUCAGUCCAAUUGAAUCUCAUUUCCGCAAUCGUCCCGAGUACAGGGAACUUUUCAAGGAGAUCUUCGGUGUGCUCAAAAAAGCUGCUGAUAAUAACGAAGUAGACAAACUACCGACCCUACAUGAUGACGCACAGGCUAUAGAAAAAUUACCCUUGAUUCCGGCUCAAGUACCCCCAGUAACACCCGAAAGGUCAGAAUCUCCAGAUUCAUUCAUUGAUGAUACCCAGAGCGUCGUGUCCUCAGUUAUAUCUAAUCAGUCCAUUGCAAUGUCGGAGUGCGUGACCAAAUUGGAACGCAAAACGGCCAAGAAGCACAUCUUUGAAGUCCGUAAUCAGCAAAACCAGUCAGCUCAUACGCAAUCUACCUUGUUAAAUAGCUCUUCUAAGGAAACAACUGUCGGCGAAUCGAAUACUAAACAGAUUAAGGAAAAUGGCAAGAUACUUACUCCACUUAAACGGGAACCCCUCGAAUACUUAACCGUAGGUGUCGGUAUCAAAAAGAAGAACCGGCGAAAGCACCGAAACCAAAACUCUCCAGGAGAUCGUAUCGAAAUAUUUAACUCCCGGGAAUUCACUCCCAGACACAGUCCUCUAGCCAUAAAUCACCGUGGUGGCCAAGGCAGCUCAAAGAUGUGUACGGAUACAUUGAAUUCGGAAUUCGGACGCAGCAAUCGAAGACGGAAUGCCCCAUCCUCAAGCAAUUGGAACGGUUCGCCAAUGGUAAUAUAUAAUAAGAAUAUGAAUACUCCUCAGACUUCUCGUGGCCGUGUAAUCGAACUAAAUGGCGUUGAGUUUUAUCAUAAUACGGUAUCUCAAGAUUUACAUAAACUUAAAAAACUAGAUUUAUCCUAUGCUGAAGUAUUGCGCCGAGCGGAUGCCGGUGAUCAUAUUCCAACCAAAUCACAUUCCCAGCGACAACAACACCACGGAGCCAACAUACGAAAGAAUCAUCAUCAGUAUCGUCAAAAGUAAACUUGUUUAGAGAAUGUACAUAAUUUAUAUAUUAUACAUUGCAUUCUAGCCAUAGGGCAUUAAAUUUUUUAAAUUGUAUGUGCCAUGAAGUCUAGUCCGCUUUUUAAUGUAUAGACAGUUAAAUUACCGUAAAAAAUAACCUAUUAACGAAAAGUAAAUUGUAUUUCAGCAUGAUCAAAUAAAUUAUUAAAUUCCCUAAAA